AAGGACCACCUUACACCUUCUCUGGAUACUCCUGAUGGUCAUAGACAUGUAGGUAAUAUAUUUUAUUCCCGAGGAGACCUAUAACUCCUGUGGAGAGCUGCACCACUGCUCCGCACCAGAGGAGCUAAAUCAAUAGCUGAGAGCUUAAAAGCUCUCUAUUAAUUUUUUAUUAUUUAAUAACAUUAUAAUAAAGAGUUUAUUGAAUUUUAUGGCCGCGAUAAAACGGAAAAUGACUUUUUCACGGGCACGCUGAGAACGAAUGUUUUUCAGGCGACUCGCGCACUCCUUCCAACAUUUUUUACCUUUCUUUGCUCCAGAACUGGGGUGACAAUCUCUGACGACGCCGACAGAACCAGAAAGCGGAGCACGAGUAGAAGCAAAAGUAGAAGCAGGAGGAGGAGAACGGGAAACAGCUUUUAUUAUCCGAGCUUUUACGAUCCAUCAGCAGAUCCUAUUGAUGGGUGGCUUUGAAUUCCAAAUUCGAAUAAAGAAGACGACGUUGGUGAAUAAGUACACCGUACAUUCAUGUGGGUGAUAAGAAGAGGAUACCGCUCGCUAGCUGUGUAGUCUUGAGGACCAUCAAGUGCCAUUUGGAUCAUGACAGAAGCUUUUACGCGGUUUCCCCUCACCAAAUGAUCAUUCCUAUCCGACCAUUCGACGGUUCGAGAUGUACACUAUCAAAAGAUCUUCAAUCUGUCAAUAUAAACAGAAGUAAAGAAAAAUAAAUGGAGAAAACUAAAGAGAAUCGACAUAAAGUCAGUGGAUUGCAAGGUUGUUACUAAUGCCAGGAUCGAUACUCCCGUCUUUGCUCAGGCAAACAGUUAAAUUGCGACUCGGUGGCGUGAAAUAUCCUGUUUUAGUCGUAUAUAUAUUAUCGUAUCCCGCAACCCUGAGGUUUGUUGCCAAAUUGGAACCUCGUACCCGCACUAACACUGACACCAACACCAACACCAACCCAAUCUCAAAAUCAGUGUACCAUCCACUGUUUUGUCUGUGUCAAUGCACUUUAAUUAAGCACCAACAAAAAUAAUCCAAUUUCCAUAAUUGGCUUAUUAGUCGCUUAUUACUCAUACUCUUAUUACUAAAAUAACUUAUUAUUUAUACAAAGAGAUGAUUAAACACUUAUUCCUUGUGAGUAAAUGUUUCUGCUAAAUAAACCAACCGUGAAAGCGGCUACACUGACGUCAACUAUCAACUAUUAAGUAUCAAGCGCCAGCCGUUAAGUUUGCUAUUUAAUGUGCCUCAAAUCCUAAGCUGCAACAUCUACAUCGUGUUAUUUCACACUUUAACAGCCCAAAUAACUCCUGCUGUGUAAAUAUUAAUAAACAAACAUUGUUAAAACGCUUCGAUGAACAACAUUUCCCAUUUUUUUGGAGCUAUUUGCUAAAGUGACAAGCAAUCAUCGAGUUUUUGCAGCUCUUUUACUAGUUUCAUAUCCAUUACGUUGGAUAAUGACACAAUGAUAAAUAGUGAUGCAACAUACCUUACUCUAGUUGGUAUAAAACGGAUUUUCGUCGGCUAACUCUACCAUUAGACGACGGGCAACCAGACAGAAUAAGGAUCAAUUUAUCGAAAAAUGGCUAAGUUGGUAUUACUUGUGGCGAUGUCAGCUCUCAUGGGACUGCAGGGGGUGUCAGCGGGUCACGCGCACAGUUUCGCCCACUUUCACGGGCCGGUGGAGGGACCAGGCCACGAGGUAGCCUUCCACGAUUCGCACGGUCACCAUCAUGUUGACUACGUAGCCCAUCCUAGUUACAAAUUCGCAUAUGGGGUCGAGGAUCAUCAUACCGGGGAUUACCACGGUCACAAAGAGCACCGUGACGGCAAGCAGACCGUCGGCGAGUACACAAUAAAGGAGCCGGGUGGUAAUGUUAGGACCGUAAAAUACUUCGUUGAUCCGCACGGCGGGUUUUUCGCUGAUGUACACAACUCCAACGGUAAUGAUCAUUCCGGGGGCACUUACGGAGGACACCAUGAGCACCAUUAUUGAUUCACCGGUUCCAGCUACUCUGAUAUGAAUCUUUCAUAUCGCGCAAAUCCCGCUCGCCUUUUAUGAUUAUUGUUUACCUAUAAUAUACAUU